AUGGUGUGGAAGAGGGCCAAGACUGGCGAGGGCGAGUUCUACUACUAUGAAACGGUCAGCGGGGAGAAGACAUGGGAAAGACCGGAAACGUUUGAGGAAGAGACGGUGAUGGGUGCCGUUGGUUUGGUGAAAGGGUACUCAUCGUCUUCGGAGGAGGAGGAGGAGGAGGAGGAGGAGCAGCAGCAGCAGCAGCAGGAGCAGCAGCAUGGUGUUGAUAUUAGCAAGCCGUUGGAUGUGAGGGUAGGGUACGAUAGUGAGCAUGCACGAUUCAUUGCCUUGUUUGAUAGGUAUGAGCUGAAUCCUUACAGUUCGUGGAGCUUGCAAUCGCGCAAGGUUCAGAGUGACCCAGAAUUUUAUACUUUGUUGGAUGACGAGACGAGGAGAGAGCUUUUUGAAGAUUGGUGUACUAUGAAGCUGGCAAAGGCAGGUGGGGACAGUUCUGCAAGUUUAACUGGAGAAGAAGAAGAAGAAGAGGACGAUGACGACGAUGAGGACGAGAGUUUGGAGCCUGUAAAGUUCCACUAUCUGUCCCAUAUUGUGUCAAAAUCGACAAUUAAGCCACAGACUGUGUUCAGUGAUGUUAAAACAGAGAACAAAUUAUUAUUCAAGAAUUUUAAUAUCGACGAGACCCACCCAAAACAAGAACAACGGCAAUUUGUAUCCAGUUUGCUAUUUUAUUAUAAAAAGAAGUCUUCAAAAGAGAGAGUGGAAAUCUUCAAAAAUUUACUAGACACAAAAGUAAAGCAUGAGAUCAACAACGAAGAUCAAUUACAACAAAUUUUAGACCAGGAAAACUUACCCAAUGAUGCAUACGAAAUCGAGUCCCAACUAAUAACCAUGGAAAAAUAUAUUGGGAUGCAUGAUAGUCUACGUCAGCUACAAGAAGAUAUAAAAUAUUAUGUAGUGGGUGUUAGGGAUAAGACAAUACUGAUUAAGGAAUUCCUGAGACAUAUGGUGCGAUCAACAAGUCAGGUACGUAGUGGUUCGUGA